AUAUAAAUAAAAUAUACAAACAUUGCAUUUAAUUAAAAUUAACAACUUUUGUUUUUUCAACAAUUAUUGGUUUUAUUACUUUGAAGAUGAAAAUUUCACUUGUUUUUAUUCUUUUUGUGGUUGUCCAAGCCAAAGAUUUUAUUAUCCAUAAAAAGCAGUUUGUUUUAAAUCAAGGUUUAAUUCUUGGAACACUCGAUGUUUUAAGGAAGGAACACACUAUCAUUUUUAAGGUUUAUCCUAAAAGUUACUCUAAAGGCUGGAAGAGUGUUUUUCAUUUAACCCAGGGUAAAGAUUACGGAGCUUAUGGUGACAGAAUUCCAGGUGUUUGGUUUCAUGAUGACGGCUCCGGAAAACUUUCAAUUUUUACUGCAGUUAACGGUAACAAUAACUAUUACGUUGCAACAGCUCCGCUUCCAUUAAAUCAAUGGUCCAGUGUUAAAAUAUGUCAAAGUGUACAUAACGGGAAGUAUUGGUAUUCUGUUGAUCUUAAUGGAAUCAACAUUCAUAGAGUUGAAAAUUCUGACGCCAGAGAUUUUCAAAACAUAAUAGUAUACGCCUCUGACCCUUGGUAUGCUGCUCAAAACGCUCUAAUUUCUAAUAUUAUCAUUGUCAAUGGUAACAUUGAAACUAUUAUUGGCAGCGUACCUGCAAAUUUAGUCAAAGGAAAACUUAUUGCAGAAAUACCCAAGUUAGAUAAGGAAUAUUUGGUUUCGUUUGAUAUCUAUCCUAAUAAGUUUGUUGCUGGUUGGCAUAGUGUUAUUCAUUUCUCUAUUGGUUCUGAUUAUGGUCGUUAUGGCGAUCGAACUCCUGGUAUCUGGUUUCACACUGACGGAAAAGGAGGUCUCUACAUUUCAGCGCCAAUUAAUGGUAAUGUCGACAGAGUUUUUACCACAAAUCCGAUUGGAUUAAAUCAUUGGUCUAGUGUUGAAGUUAGUCAAUUUUUAAGAAACUCAGUUUACAUAUACACAAUCAGAAUAAAUGAAGAAAUUGUCUUUUCUGAAAUAAAUAACCUGGCUCAAAGUUUUGAUAAUGUUAAAGUAUAUGCAUCAGAUCCUUGGUAUGAUGCUCAAUAUGGCUCAAUAAGAAAUUUAUUUGUUGUCAAUGGUGUUUCCAAUAAUGGACUCCAGGCAGUUAUUGUUUUACCUACAGAUUUUAUUAUCCAUAAAAAGCAGUUUGUUUUAAAUCAAGGUUUAAUUCUUGGAACACUCGAUGUUUUAAGGAAGGAACACACUAUCAUUUUUAAGGUUUAUCCUAAAAGUUACUCUAAAGGCUGGAAGAGUGUUUUUCAUUUAACCCAGGGUAAAGAUUACGGAGCUUAUGGUGACAGAAUUCCAGGUGUUUGGUUUCAUGAUGACGGCUCCGGAAAACUUUCAAUUUUUACUGCAGUUAACGGUAACAAUAACUAUUACGUUGCAACAGCUCCGCUUCCAUUAAAUCAAUGGUCCAGUGUUAAAAUAUGUCAAAGUGUACAUAACGGGAAGUAUUGGUAUUCUGUUGAUCUUAAUGGAAUCAACAUUCAUAGAGUUGAAAAUUCUGACGCCAGAGAUUUUCAAAACAUAAUAGUAUACGCCUCUGACCCUUGGUAUGCUGCUCAAAACGCUCUAAUUUCUAAUAUUAUCAUUGUCAAUGGUAACAUUGAAACUAUUAUUGGCAGCGUACCUGCAAAUUUAGUCAAAGGAAAACUUAUUGCAGAAAUACCCAAGUUAGAUAAGGAAUAUUUGGUUUCGUUUGAUAUCUAUCCUAAUAAGUUUGUUGCUGGUUGGCAUAGUGUUAUUCAUUUCUCUAUUGGUUCUGAUUAUGGUCGUUAUGGCGAUCGAACUCCUGGUAUCUGGUUUCACACUGACGGAAAAGGAGGUCUCUACAUUUCAGCGCCAAUUAAUGGUAAUGUCGACAGAGUUUUUACCACAAAUCCGAUUGGAUUAAAUCAUUGGUCUAGUGUUGAAGUUAGUCAAUUUUUAAGAAACUCAGUUUACAUAUACACAAUCAGAAUAAAUGAAGAAAUUGUCUUUUCUGAAAUAAAUAACCUGGCUCAAAGUUUUGAUAAUGUUAAAGUAUAUGCAUCAGAUCCUUGGUAUGAUGCUCAAUAUGGCUCAAUAAGAAAUUUAUUUGUUGUCAAUGGUGUUUCCAAUAAUGGACUCCAGGCAGUUAUUGUUUUACCUACAGAUUUUAUUAUCCAUAAAAAGCAGUUUGUUUUAAAUCAAGGUUUAAUUCUUGGAACACUCGAUGUUUUAAGGAAGGAACACACUAUCAUUUUUAAGGUUUAUCCUAAAAGUUACUCUAAAGGCUGGAAGAGUGUUUUUCAUUUAACCCAGGGUAAAGAUUACGGAGCUUAUGGUGACAGAAUUCCAGGUGUUUGGUUUCAUGAUGACGGCUCCGGAAAACUUUCAAUUUUUACUGCAGUUAACGGUAAUAAUAACUAUUAUGUUGCAACAGCUCCGCUUCCAUUAAAUCAAUGGUCCAGUGUUAAAAUAUGUCAAAGUGUACAUAACGGGAAGUAUUGGUAUUCUGUUGAUCUUAAUGGAAUCAACAUUCAUAGAGUUGAAAAUUCUGACGCCAGAGAUAUUUCAAAACAUAAUAGUAUACGCCUCUGACCCUUGGUAUGCUGCUCAAAACGCUCUAAUUUCUAAUAUUAUCAUUGUCAAUGGUAACAUUGAAACUAUUAUUGGCAGCGUACCUGCAAAUUUAGUCAAAGGAAAACUUAUUGCAGAAAUACCCAAGUUAGAUAAGGAAUAUUUGGUUUCGUUUGAUAUCUAUCCUAAUAAGUUUGUUGCUGGUUGGCAUAGUGUUAUUCAUUUCUCUAUUGGUUCUGAUUAUGGUCGUUAUGGCGAUCGAACUCCUGGUAUCUGGUUUCACACUGACGGAAAAGGAGGUCUCUACAUUUCAGCGCCAAUUAAUGGUAAUGUCGACAGAGUUUUUA